GAGAGAGAGAGAGAGAGAGAAAGAGAGAGAGGGCUGCGCGAAGUGGGUGGGCACAUGCUCUCUCUCUCUCCCCCUCUCUGUACUGUAUAAGUACAGUUCUGUGAUGGAGAUUCCAAUCACAUCGCAGUUCACUUUUACGCAGUGGAGAUGAGCUCUCGGAUUGCGAGAUCCAACCCGGCCAUGAAACUGAUAGUGCUCUUCACAGCCUCUCUCUCCUGGGCCUUCCAGCAGCAGGCCGUGCCACCAAAGUACCAGUACCGUGACCCUGUGACAUCUGACCUCCUUCUGUGUGACCAGUGCCCUCCCGGCACGGCCGUGAAACGACACUGCACCGCUGACACACCCACGGAGUGCCAGCCCUGUCCCGAGAGGCAUUUUGCUGAGAACUGGCACUGGGGGGACACAUGCCAAUAUUGCACCUUGGUGUGUAGGGAGAAACAACUAGUCAAACAGAACUGCAACAGCACUCAUGACCAACUGUGUGAGUGUGCUCCAGGUUUCCACCUAGUGGUGGAGUUCUGCAUCGCACACAGUACCUGUCUGCCUGGCUACGGAGUGACAGCUUUAGGUACACCAGUGAGUGACACUGUUUGCGAGCACUGUCCUGCCGGGCAUUUCUCUCCUGGCGGCUCCUCUACCGAGCCGUGUCAGCCCCACAGAAACUGCUCAGAUUUGGGCCUGAAGACACUGAGAUGGGGCACAUCCACUUCAGAUAGUCUCUGUAGUCAGCACAAGACGGAAACACUGGAGUGCUCUCAGCAUCACACUUUGUGCCACACUGAUGUGACCCUGUGUGAGGAGGCAGUCUUCCAGUCUCUGGCCUCGCUGCGACUGUCCUCUGUGCCCCUGGAGAGGCUGCUGGAGAGUCUUCCGGGGCGUAGGGUGGAUCGUAAGAGCCUGGAGAGGCUGAAGAAGGCCUGCUCUCCUCAGCAGCAGGUCCUCCACCUGCUGCGACUGUGGAGGGAGCAGAACAAAGACCAGGACAAGCUGUACGGCAUUAUACAAGGUGUGAACCACUGCGAGAGGAAGGUCUCCCGCUGCAACGGCCUGAAGAACUUGACCCUAGAUGACCUCCUAAUGGUCUCCAACAGCCUGCCGGGGGUGAAAGUUCAGCAGGAGGAUGUCCGGGCCGUGUUCUCUACCUGCCUGCCCAGGCAAUACAUCCUGCAGCUUCUUCACCUCUGGAAGAUGGCAAACUACGACCUGGAUCUAGCCAAGGGUCUCUCUCACAGUCUGAGGGUGCUGCGCAGCCAGGGGGCACCGCGCUAUCUGCUGAAAGGCCUGAAGAAGAUCAGCCGCAUCAUAGGAACCACCUCCGCACACAAGAUGUACGAGAAGAUGUUUGUCAGUAUGCUUCAGGAUGAGUUGUGCUUUAAGGCUCACAAGCCAUUAAAUGAAUAAUGAAAAGGGGGAUACAAACAGGAACAGAUGCAAUCAAACAGACACUAAUGCAUUGUCAAAUAAUGAACAGGGAGAUAAAUGUAUGUGAAAGAGAAACAGACAUGGGUCACAUGAUAAUGUCAGGUCUUAAAGAUAUCACCAAAUGAUAUCAAGCUAUGCACAUAGUGCCUAGAGGUAUUUUGUCAUGGCAAGAUGGCAAGAUGGGAAGGUAAAUUCCUCUUUCCAUCUCUGAUUUCUAUCAAAACCCUACGCCAAAAUAAGGUGGUUUUGAUUAUAUGAGAUAACAAGGGAUGCUAAUAACUUCUCCCCGUGUACAGUAUCUGCCUGCAGUUAUGAAUCUAAUAAGCCUUAAAAUAAAGAAAGAAACAAUCUCACAUCUGUGUACUCCAGGCAGGCCUAAACAAAAAGUAAAAAAAAAAAAAAAAAAAUCCUGGAAACUUUUUGACCGUAGUCUGUGAAAAAAGAAAAACUAUUUAAUAUGUAAAUAGCACACUAUUUUAUGGAAGAUGGGCUGGCAGAUAUUGUGUUUUUAUUAUUGUUGCUUUCUCGCUGUUUGAGAGGAAGGAUUUGGUUUCAUAAUGAAAUGCAUAUAUUUUCUACAGUUUUCCUUUGUUUGUUAGUUUGUUCUGGACUGCUGGCAAGUAAAGCUCAUCUGAUUUUUUUUAAUUGUCAGCUUUAUGAAUGUACAAAGGAGUGCAAUUGUUUUCUAUUUAAAAAAUAAUUUUACUUUCUGAAUAUGUAAAGGCUUGUUUUUAUUACUUCAUCAGAAAUACUGGAUUCCAAAUGCUGCAAGUUCAUGAGGUGAUAAUUGUUUUAUAUUUUGUUUUAUCACUUUUAUAUUAUUAAAUGUAUGAUCUUUAUUGUAUAUAUGCUUGACUGGUUCUCUUUAAGCUUGUGUAACUUGUGAACACUAAUGUUAAAUGAUUAAAAUCAGUUUGUAAAAA